AUGUAAAAUGUGGGUUUAAACAUGUCGGGUAGAAAUUUGAAAUUAAAGCAUUCUCGAAAAAAGAAAGACAGGUCAUGUGUUCUAUAGCAAAUUCAAAACUCAUUUUGGCUGAUCAUUCUCUCGGAUCAGCUACUAAUCAUCGCCUUGAUAAGCUAUUGCCUCACUAGUGCUAAGGGCAGGUUCUUACGCGUUACUCACCUGUCCGCCACUGGAAAUCGUUUCACGGUUGCAUUACUUAUAGCUUCGUUGUUCGUCCGCUUCUUUACUCCCACCAUUAUGAAAAAUGAGCAACUCUGCGUACUAAAAAUUAGCUAGAUGAGAAGAAAUGAUCUAGUGUUUUUAACCUGGUUCAGUUCUUCCAGCCUCAUUAACCUUAUUAAAAAAAUAUCUAGUUUUUUUCUGUCUCGAGGAUUUGGACCGAGGUCUAUGACUGUUUCAUUAUCACUAGGCCACGCCCUUGGGUGGAAGAACAUUUAGUUUUGAGGUUGAAACUUGACCCCUGAUACGGAAAAAUAGCCCUGUAACUUCGGGAGAAGGGGUGCCUCCUCACGAAGGGGGUUGCAAUGACCAGGACCGGACAAAUUCUAUUAACCAAAAACACAAGUCAUAAAAUCGUAUUGUUUUCUUGAUAACUGAAAGAUGAAUUUGGUUGCUGCAAUGCAUUCAUACAACUGAGCCAUGUGAACGAAAAGUUAUACUGUAGUUGUAUUUCCCUUUCAAUAUUUUGUGUCAACUAGUUUGGGAUUGAACAUUGUUGUUUUUAACUAACUCUUCAUGUUUUCCACUAAAUGACUGAUUGAGAAUAAGUGCUUUUGUUUUUCCGGUAACUUUGAAAAAUGUUGCAUAGUUUACAAAAUUCUGCGAAGUAAGGAACUAAAUACAGGAAAUUCUACUCAGAGUCAGAGUCAGACCACGCCUUAUGAUGAAAGGGGAAUGAAGGACGGUUCAUUUGAUGAAUAGAUAGCUGAUAGAGACGAGAUUAAGAGGACGGAAUAACUGCGAAAGAUCAGAGAUGGAAAUGGAUGACAGCAAAGGUUUGGUUUGUGUAACUGGUGGAACAGGAUAUCUAGCAUCAUGGUUGAUCAUGAAGCUUCUUCAACAUGGAUACUCAGUAAAUGCUACCAUAAGGUUCACUCAAGAUCACAAAACAGAUGUUUGCUACCUCACUAACUUGCCUGAAGCAUCCCAAAGGCUACGGAUUUUUAAUGCUGAUAUGGACAAACCGGAAAGCUUUAGUGCAGCUAUUGAAGGAUGUGUUGGAGUAUUUCACGUUGCUCAUCCAAUGAAUUACGGGGACCAAGAAAUUGAAGAGGAAAAGAUAAGAAAAGCAGUUGAUGGAACAUUAGGCAUUUUACGGGAAUGCCUCAAUUCAAAAACAGUAAAACGAGUUGUUUACACUUCCAGCAGAACGGCGGUUGUGUUUAAUGAUAAAGGUUUAGACACAGUAGACGAGAGCUCGUGGUCUGACAUCCAUAUCAUGAAAACCUUAGAGCCUAUAUCUGCAGCUUCUUAUGUGAUUAGCAAAACUUUAACCGAAAAGGCUGCUCUUGAGUUUGCUGAGAAGCACGGAUUAGAUUUGGUAACCGUUAUACCUAGUUGGAUACAUGGUCCCUUCUUGAGUCCUCAGUUCCCAGAGCCAUUACGACCAGCCAUGGCAAUGAUUUACGGUAAUCAGGAAAACUGCAUGAAGUAUCCCUCGCUUACCCCAUUCGUGCAUGUAGAUGACGUUGCCAAUGCACACAUACUCCUUCUAGAGAAUAGUAAAGCAAAGGGAAGGUACAUUUGCUCUGCUGUUGAAGUUACACCAGAUGAGCUAUUUAACUUCCUCUCAGCUAGGUAUCCUGAAUAUCGAAUACCUAACGUCGAUUCAUUGAGGGAGAUUGGAGGGAUUAAGCAUCCUAGACUUUCAUCAAAGAAACUUUUGGACACUGGAUUCAAAUACAAGUAUGGACUUGAAGAAAUGUUUGAUGGUGCAAUUGAAUGCUGCAAACAGAAGGGUUUACUCUAGUUUGUACUCUAUGACAGAGAAACCCUUGUCUAAUUGACAUCCCUUUGAUUCCUUCGUUGAAAAAUUAUACUUCUUUCGUUUUAAUUGUUUGUCGCUAUUGAAUCUUGUGGUCAACUAAUUAAAGAUAUGUCGAACAUACCAAAAUGUUCUUUGA